CCGUCUUAUACUAAAUAUUAUGAAUAAAAUGAACGUGAAUAAAUCAGUUUACUUGAUGACACGUCUGCACUGGUAUUUGAAUGACCUAGGUUCUCAACCCAACGGUUUAAAGACGCAUUUGACUGAAAAACUGAAUAAACGUAGCAGCUUAUAUUUUAUAGGAUAUUAUUGUUCAUUAGGACACAUUUUGACGAAAAGACAUCGUUUCUCACGCCGAUUUCUUCUCACUUUGAUGGAACUUUCUAAUCUAACAGCACAUAACCGACUGUUAAUGGGGAUCCAAUCGAUUAGUGCUGCCUCAGCUCUAGCUAUUAGUGCGACACCAAGGCCAGCAAGACCAGACGAAGAUGCCACAGGGUCCCCGGAUAAACGCACGUAAAACAAGCUUUUUGAAGCGACAGAUGGAGAGUGAAUUUGUAGUACUUCACUAGAGUCAUGAAUACGGGUCUCGGAUAGACAACAAACAUCGAUAUGAAGACUUUCUAAAGACAUAGUCAGCCCUAUCUGUUGUCCAACCUGCAUAAGUGUGAGAACGUUUAAGGCAGCCAGUUUGAAUGGUGCACGUGGUUUCAGAAACACUGCUUUAGUACUCGUAUUCGGUGGUAACAUACAAUUUUCAACCGGACACUGACUCGAGAACGUUUAGAUAGAGCCGAAUUUCCACCAUAGGCGAGCUGCUGUAUAAGUCGAACAAAUAAGUAUAAACAGAGUGGGAAUAAAAGAGGGUGAAUAAUGACGUAGUAAAUAAUGAUAAUAAUAAUGAUAAUAACAUUAAUAAUAAUAAUAAUAAUAAUAAUAAUAAUAAUAAUAAUAAUAAUAAUAAUAAUAAUA